UUCACGCGCGCCACCACACAUCGUCGUCGUAGUCGACAUUACACAGACCACACGUACGUACACACAAACCCUCGCACGAACCAACCAAUCCAUGGCCGCCGCCGUGAAGACGACGAGAGCGACGUGCGUGCUGCUGAUCCUGCUCCUGCUGGCCGACGGGCGGUCAAGGCCCGUGGCUGGGCAGGCUCCACCGGGGCCCGAGGAGGCCGCGACAAUCGAGGCGGAUGCGGACGGCCGUGGCAACGGCACCCGCGGCGGCAGCAGGAGCGACACGACGGCGAAGGUGUUGAGCACCAUCGACUGCCAGGUCUGCGAGUCGACGUGCCGGGUCAAGUGCCUCAUCAACAACCUCUUGCAGUGGGGCAGCUGCUACCAGCACUGCAAGGCCGACAACUGCAACGAGUGGUGUAGGUAGCCCUCCGUCGAGCUAGCGAGCCGGCGGAUGCAUGACACGCGCAUGGAUCCAUGCAUGGAUCACGAGGACGUUCGUUUUUUGCGAUUCAAGGGUUGCUUUGAAUACAACAAAUCAGCUGUUCUAUGUUUUCCUUUUUACAUUCAACGAAUCUAUAUACUUUCCAUACGAAAAUCCAUUUGUAUAUGUACUCAUCUUCCAUUUUGCUGAAGUCAUUGAGCUGUUCUCUCCGUAA